AUGGCGCCUCCGGCGCUCGUCGCAGGUCCCCAUCCUCGUCGCCGGUCCCCACUCGCACCACCUGCGUUCGUCCUCGGCCUUGUGCUCGCUGGCAACCCGUGCUCGCCGCCGUAUCCUCGGCCGCCCGCGCUUAUCAGCCAUGGCAACUCCGGCGCCGGUCGUAGUAAAAACGAACAAAUGGUGCCAUACGUGAUGCUUCUCCCGACCGCUGCGUUGAUCGCCACCGCGCCCCACCUGCCGCCAGAGCACCGUGGAGCACGUGCUCUUCCCCGUUACGAGCAGGAGGUGAUGGACCCGGCUUACAACAACUAUGGCAUAUCGGGUAUGUCCAUCAUCCGGCGCUUUAACUUGACAAAAGACAGGUGCACCGUCGCGGCCAUGCGGAGCUGCAUCGAGUGGGAACCCGAGUCCUUCCCAUUGGCGGCGCCGCUCCUCGGCAAGCCGGUCGUUCCCCUCGGCCUUCUGCCGCCGUCAGCCGACGGAGCCCGCCGUGCCGCUGCCAAAGGAGCAGAGCAUGCCACCGUGUGCUGGCUGGACACACAGCCUCCCGACUCUGUUGUUUACGUCGCCCUAGGAAGCGAGGUGCCACUGCGCGUGGAGCAGGUGCACGAGCUGGCCUUCGGGCUAGAGCUCGCCGGGACGCGCUUCCUCUGGGCCCUAAGAAAGCCUAGCGGUGCCGCUGUACUCGACGACGAUGGCGUGGACAUGCUUCCUCCUGGUUUCCAAGAGCGCACUCGCGGCCAGGGGCUGGUGACCACGGGAUGGGUUCCUCAGGUAAACAUCCUAGGGCACACGGCCGUGGGCAGGUUCCUGACGCAUUGCGGCCGGAACUCGCUGAUCGAGGGCCUCAUGUUCGGGCACCCACUUGUCAUGCUGCCCAUCUUCGGCGACCAAGGGCCGAACGCGUGGCAAAUGGAGGCGAAGAAGGUGGGGUUGCAGGUGGUGAGGAAUCAGGACGACGGGUCGUUCGACCGCCACGGCGUCGCGACAGCGGUCCGGGCCGUCAUGGUUGACGAAGAGGCCAGGAGGGGCUUCGUGGCAGGUGCAGCGAAGAUGCAGGCGGUAGUAGCUGAUACGGAACUUCACGAUAGGUACAUCGACGAAUUUGUCGAGCACCUCAGAUCUUACUACGCCGCUUCAUGUGCAAACUGAUGGCAGCUUCAUUUUCAGUGCUGCCGCCUCGAACUCCACCUCCAGCUUGGCUCUUACUUCAUGAUAAAUAAGA